AUCCGGUGUGCUCGAACCUUUUCCCCCAGCAGCGAAGAAUGGAGCGAGCCGCUAACGACGCUCCGCUGCUAUAGCGCGAGACACACGUCCGCCACAACAAGUAACACCGAGAAAGAACCAACCAACAAACAAACAAAAAAACAACAACAACAACAACAGCAACCUUCACGUUAAACCCCGGACGGUUCGUGCACGUUUCCCCCGGGGGGCGCGUGAGACAAACCGGAGCCCGUCUCCCGGUUGCUGGUGUGGAUCCUGGUCACGGCGAAGGUCUUCCACCUUCUCCUUCCUGGUACAAAUGUUGAGGUGAGAGAUCCGCCUGUCCGACAGCUGUUCGAGGCGAGGACGUACGGAGGGACGCAGGCGGAGUGCCGGUCAGCUCCAACAGGUGUUUGGUUCAUGAGAGCGACCGUGCCACCCAGGCACCGGCAGUGACCAGGGCUGUGGCUGCGGUGGGCCCGGCCCAGGAGGCCUUUUUGUACAUCACUCCGGGCUCCCGUGGACCUUGAGCUGCUCGCGCCAUGGAUCAACCGAGGGACAAGUACGGCGAGCGGCCCGCCAGGAGCACCAAAGUGCCCCAGGGGAGCCGCAGCGGGCACUCGUCCCGACCCUCGGGUUCCUCCGGCUCGUCCGGGGUGCUCAUGGUGGGGCCCAACUUCCGCGUGGGCAAGAAGAUCGGCUGUGGAAACUUUGGUGAAUUGAAGCUCGGUAAAAAUCUCUACACCAACGAGUAUGUAGCUAUUAAACUGGAACCAGUGAAGUCGAGGGCACCACAGCUGCAUUUAGAGUACCGGUUCUACAAAACCCUGGGAACCACAGCUGAAGGCGUGCCCCAGGUGUUUUACUUUGGGCCCUGUGGGAAGUACAAUGCCAUGGUUCUGGAGCUGCUGGGCCCGAGUCUAGAGGACCUCUUUGACCUUUGUGACCGGACUUUUUCACUGAAGACUGUCUUAAUGAUUGCUAUACAGCUGAUUUCCCGAAUGGAGUUUGUGCACUCCAAAAACCUCAUCUAUAGAGACGUGAAACCUGAAAACUUUCUCAUCGGGCGGCAAGGGAAUAAAAAGGAGCACAUCAUCCACAUCAUUGACUUUGGUCUGGCCAAAGAGUACAUCGACCCCGAGACCAAAAAACACAUUCCGUACAGGGAGCAUAAGAGCUUGACCGGCACGGCCCGAUACAUGUCCAUUAAUACACAUUUAGGAAAAGAGCAAAGCCGGCGAGAUGACCUGGAGGCCUUAGGCCACAUGUUCAUGUAUUUCCUUCGUGGGAGUCUACCAUGGCAAGGUCUAAAGCAGGCCGACACGUUGAAAGAACGAUACCAGAAGAUCGGCGACACUAAACGAAACACUCCCGUCGAGGUUCUUUGUGAGAACUUCCCAGAGGAGAUGGCCACCUACCUGCGAUAUGUGAGGCGGUUGGACUUCUUUGAAAAGCCGGACUACGAAUACCUGCGGACGCUGUUCACUGAACUGUUUGAGCGUAAAGGAUACACCUUCGACUACACGUACGACUGGGUCGGCAGGCAGAUUCCCACACCAGUAGGGUCCGUCCAUAUAGACUCUGCGGCGUCUGCUGUGACGAGAGAGAGCCAUCCUCACCGGGACCGGCCCUCACAGCAUCCGCCAAUCAGAAAUCAGACAGCGGUCUCAGAUCGACGAGGAGCAUGGGAGGUGCAGCCCACACGCCAAGCAAACUCCUCCUAUCUGACCUCCCACCUGGCAGCGGACAGGCACGGGGGCUCAGUGCAGGUGGUCAGCUCGACCAACGGGGAGCUGAAUGCAGACGAUCCGCUGGCUGUUCACUCCAGCGCUCCCAUCGCCGCUCAGGCAGAGGUGGAAGUGGUCGACGAGGCCAACUGCGUGAAAAUGCUCAACCUGUGGUGCUGCUGCUUCUUCAGGCGGAAACGGAAGAAGAACACGCCGAGGCACAAAUGAUCGUCCGCCACCGGCCCGAGACGCGUCCGGCUCAGUCGAUUCUUUUUCGUUUCUUUUUUGUCAUUUCAGAAAUCAAUGCGGUCACAUUGAGAAUGAAUUCGGGAGACGACCUGAAAGCUCUUGAUUGGAUGGUUUUCUGGAGGGACCCGUGUUUAAAGACGAAUGAUUUGUUGAGACGUACGAGUUCUUUUUCUUGUUUCUCCUGCAGAGAAACAAGAUUUCUUUCUUUGAUUCCCAAAAUCCUGUUUUCACCCCUCAUUGGUCGGUUCGCUCAUUUCAACACGCCGCCCUUUGGGUCGUCGGCGGGCGAGGGACUGAAUGUAAACCCGAGGGCCCCCCCCCCCCCAAGCACUGGGCCCCCCUGGGGCCCGAGGGAACAGGAGACCAGAGGCCUCCUGCACUGUGCUCUCGGGGGAUUUGGGAUGUCGAGGGGAAACCCUCCUCAGGCAGUCCUGCUCCUGACUGCUUUGAAGCAAGACACUUGGAGGGAGUGGGGGAGGGGGGGGGGCAGGCAAUGCUAUUUAUGCUAUUUAUGUCUCGGUUGCCACCAGUUUUCUUACUUAGUCUAAAACAUACACUGAAUGUCUGGACAGAAAUGUAAAUGACUUUGGAGCAUUUAUAUAAUCUUGUCAUUUUUGGAGUUCAGGCCGAUAUUUAAGAAGUGGGGGGGGGGGGUGAUACCAAAACAAAGUGGAAUUAAAGGAUGCAGGGUCUCAAAAUGUUGAUGAUGUGAUGGUUAUUAAUGGACUUUUCACCAGUAAACACCGGGGGGGACGUUUCUUUGGAGUGGACCCCCUCCCCCCCCACCCCACGCUGCUGUCCAAUGCCUUAACCCCAACCAGUCUCCACCAGUCCUCCCAUCAGUCCACCGCCAGUCUGCCAUCACAUCACCAUUCGGAUAAGCCAGUUGGCAGCGUGAUUUUCUUUGGGGGGGGGUGAUGCAGGCUCUUCCCCAGCUUGCAUCAGCUAGAGAGAGCGAUGCUGAACUGGUUUGUAGUAAAGAUCUCUGAUGGUGUCUGGACGUCCCUGCGGGUCCAGUCUGAAGAACUAUGUCCUGCAAAGCCAUGUUUGAACUUUGGACAGCUCUGCUGAGGACCCCUCCCCCCCCCCCCCCCCCGCAGCCCCCCCCGCCGUGAGCGAAGGCGACAAAGUGAACAUGUCCAUCCCGUUUUUAUUUAGUGUCAUGGAGGACUGCCUUGAGAACAAUAUCCUCGAUACGUCACCUUGCGAAUCCUCCAAAGAGAAUUACCGCUCACCGCUGUUUUAAUUUUUUUUUAUGUUCUAAUCUUGCUAAUGUGAAUUUGUUUGAACGCAAUUUCUUUUUCUUUUGUUUUCCCCAUUCCAAAUAGCCAUGGUUUUACGGGGGAAAGAGAGGGUGACGGGGGGAAGAAAAAAAAGCUCGACAUCCGUGAUGCACUACACCCGUUGACCCGGCGACGCCCCGCCUUCGUAAGACUGACUUUGAACGUGCUCGUUACUUUAUUGAAGCUGCCUCGUUGCUUGGCCUUCCCCACGGAGUGCAGGGGAUAUACUUUAAAUUACUUUCAUCCCCUUGUUUUUUUUUGUGCCAUUGUCCAAAUACUUUUUCUUUUUCCCGUUCUGCACACACACACACACACACACACACACACACACACACACACACACACACACACUUACUCGCUGCAGUCCUGGGUGGGUGGACUCGUGUUAGAGUUGGUGUUGGGUGUGGACCUUCUCCAUCAUCCUGUAGAAACACCAAUGUUGUGGACGAGUUCUCUCAAUGAACCUGCGUGUAUUUACACUGUAUAGCUUUGGGUUUAUUCUCACCCCCGAACCGCCAGUUACUCCGGGUCUAACUUAUUGUGUUAUUGAAAGUACUUGAAUAUGAGAAAAUCUACGGGACCUUUUUUUUCUGUUUUUGUUUGGGGGGAGGGGUUCCUUCCUUGGUCGUUACCAUAGUGAUUCCACACGUAGGAUUUGAGGGCAAUGGCGGGUAAACGGGCUAUUUGAAUGACAGGUGUUCAUUUCUUCGAGACGUGUUGGGCUGACCUCGCAGUCGGAUGUCUGUUACAGGGUCGCGCUCCUGUCGCCGUACACACACAUUUUUAUCCGUUUCAGUUAUUAUUUUUUCCGGACACCAAACCAGCGACUCCUGCUUCGGACUCUGGUCUUUGCCGCUUCCUGAGAAGAGCCAGGCGUGUCUUAAUGUGUAGUGAGAUGGACAUCCAGACUAUUUAGCCUCCCGCGUUGCCCCUGGUGCCAUUCCGGAGACUACUACUCGCCCCAAGCCUUUUACCUGUGCCAGGAAAAUGUACACAGUUGAAUGUGUUCUUGACCAUCGCAUUCCACCGGGGGGGGGGGGGGGUGGUCCUCCACGUGUCCACCGUCAUGUUGGGCAGGUGAGGAGUUGCCCAGUUCAUGCCAGGAAGUGUUUUUAUGAGUUGCUUCUGUUGGUUUCUUUCCGUUAUUGUUGAAACCAACGACAAUGUAUCGAAUUUAGUUUAAUGUAGCUACAUUUGCAACAUCUGCUUCUCCCUUGAAGUGCUGGUCUGCUGAAACGGUAGAUAUCGAUAUAUUACUCUGGUGUAUUUACUUGUUACUCUCUGGGCCUCAUGCAGAGCGAUAUAGGAGUACUCUGUGUGGUUUGUAUCUGCAUGGCUUGUAUCCGGAGGCGACAGCCAGUGGCCUCGGUCCGUCGCUGUCUCUCUGGCUCCAGUGACGCGUCCUCACCUCGCACACCGCUGGGUCAGUGAGACGGGGGAGGUUUUUUUUCGGCUUUCGGGUCCUCAUGUAAAAUAAAUGUCUUCUCACCGCACAUUCCAUUUCAGUUGCCAUCCUUCCUGAUGUGCUUCAGUCAGAGUUGUGUUUAUGACUUUCGUUGUGCGUCAGUCACAUUCUCGUGUCAAAGCUAUGUAAAGGAAAGCGAAGGCUGGUUAAGGUGUGAAUGGAUGGCUUAAGUCUUUAUGGGUUCUCUGGCACUUUUCCCCUGUUGCUGUACUGUAGAAUUGUCUUGGAUUUACUGUAUUGUUUUUCUUUGAGGGAGAGGUUUAGGGUGACAUUUACUGCAAUAUUGUGAUGAUUAUUUGUAAAUUGUACAGAGUUCACAAUUAUGCUCUUUGUUCUUUCUGUUGGGAUUCUAUAUCAAAUAUGUAUUCUUUGAUAUUUUUUUCCCCUCUCAGACUGGAAAAUCAAAUUGUACAGCUCCAAGAGUUUAUCCUCCCCUCAGCUUUUUUUUCAGAGCUAUGAUUAAGAGAAAUCUUAAAACUGUAAAUAUAUAUUAUUGUGUUGAAAUAUGAAAUAUGAAUGUCACUUAAAAUGUAUUUGAAUGAGUUAGUCAAGGGCUUCAAGAAUGAAGGACCCAAAUUUCUUCUUUUUAUGCUUUCAUAUUUUUGAUUUACAGAAAGGUAAAGAUCCUUUUUUUUUAAUCUGAAAAGCCUUUUUUUUCCUUUUUCUUUCUGGAUUCAUGUGUCACACAAGCUUAUAAAAUCACUUUUUAUUCCCUCCACAGUGAAAGGGAAACUCCAGUUUGCACCCUUUUUUAUGUAAAAUAAAAGAUCUCUCCACCUUG